AUGGCGCCCAAGAAGCCCUCGACGACGGCAGAAGUCGCUCUUAUUCCCUUGAAGAACUGUCUCGUCAAUCUACCACCGUCCCUUGUCUCCUUGCUGGUCAAUGCAAACACGGCUGCCCAGAAUGUCAUAAUCGAAUUACAAUUUAAGUCCGCGACUGGGAAAGCCAAUGGAGCUUCGCCAGAGCGAUCAUGUUUCUUGGGCUGGACAGGUAUGCCGAGUAAGCGCAGGCUUGCGCCAGUGGUGGGUCGCGAUGGUAUCAGCACCGGGUACAACAGAGAGCAACAGGAGGUCUCGACUGUGGAAUUGGACACGACUUUUGCAAGACUGAUCGGUCUCGUCGAGGGGCAGAAGGUUGGGCUACUCGUGCAUCUCGAUCCCCCCGUCGCGCAUACCAUCAAUAUCGAGCCAUUGACACCCGAGGACUGGGAAAUCAUUGAGCUGCAUGCUACCUUUUUGGAACUCAAUCUAUUAUCACAGAUCCGCGCGCUCCCAAAUCCUUCCUACACUGCGGCGCAAACGGAGCAUAUGCAUCCGCUUGCCCUGCAUCUCUCACCCACAUCGACCGCGAAUAUCGUUGUCACCUCCCUGGAUCCUACACCAUCUUCUACUUCCCCGUUCGCAAAGAUCGCGCCCGAUGCCGAGGUCAUUGUUGCCCCGAAAGUCCGAUCGAAGACCAGUAAACCAUCUCGAGGGGACAACCGAAGCAACGCUGGAAGCAGCAGAAAGAGCACUGGUGGUCGGAGUGCUUCAAGCACGGUCCGCCCGAAGGGUAGUCGGUCUGACUCUAGCAGCCGAGGUGCUCUGUACCUCCGAGGCGUGGACCGUCGGGCAGCCGAUGAUCUCUUUGAUGCUGACAUGGACGAGGAUGAGAAUGAUGGUCUCCGCAUCUGGGUGGAUCCGGAAAUGUUGGCGUCUCAUGAACUUAGAGGCGCGAGCUGGGCGUGUGUCUCGAUUGUGCAGCCUUCAGGACUCAAACCUCCGGUUGAUCCCCAGCAACAACUGGCCCAGCAGGAACAGAAAUCCCAGGAAGCUGGUGUCCCUACCACUAAACUGGUAGCAAAGCUUCUUCCGUGGGAAGACGCUCCGGACAAUCGGCACGUGGCACUGUCCACGUUGUUGUCUACGGCCCUUGGUGUGGAGAACAUGGUGGGUGGAAUCGUGCGUGUGGAGGCGGCUCCACCACAACUACAUCGCUCAGCGGUCAAAACACUCAAGGUGUACCCGUUCAUGUUUGAUGCUUCCAAGAAAAAGGAUGGUCUUAAGUUCGGCUCUGACACUGCUGCCUCUCGAGAUGCCUUGGCCGAGCGUCUCAAAGUGAUCUACGGCAGCACUGGGUCCGAUGUUGGAUUGUUCUCAGGACCGUUAACCGAUGGCAUGAUCUUACCCCAAGUCGAAAAUCAUCCUGCAGUUUCUUCCUUUGAUGGUGCUAUCCUACGGUUCGAUCCCCCUUUGAAGGGAGGUGCGGAUGAGACAAAGUCGAUGUUUGGGUGGCUCUUAGGCUCUGAAGCUAUACUCAACCUUGAGGUACAGGCUGAGAUUCCCAAACCAUUCGACUCGGCCUCAUCGGCUCUCCCAACCGAAGAUCCGAUACCAGAGACUGCGCCUCAACUAGUGGGGAUCGAUUCCCUAAUCUCCCAGUCUCUGGGUAACCUGACAAAGUCUUCAUCUAUCCUAUUGACCGGUGGGCUUGGCGCUGGAAAGACAGCUCUCGCGCACCUUUUGGCUCAUCGCUUGCGUAAAGACCAUCUUUUCAAUGUCAAGUACUUUUCCUGUCGCAAGCUCGUGACCGAUGAAACUCGUAUCUCGAACAUCAAGGAAGUUUUAAACCGCCUUUUUAUGUCUGCUUCUUGGUGUGCUCGUCUCGGUGGACAAUCUGUCGUGAUUUUGGAUGAUCUCGACAAACUGUGUCCCGUAGAGACAGAAUUACAAGUUGGCGGAGACAACGGACGCAGUCGCCAGAACAGCGAGGUUAUUUGCGCCAUGGUCCGAGAGUACUGCUCUCUGAACUCCUCCGUUGUCCUGUUGGCCACAGCCCAGGCUAAGGAGUCUUUGAAUAAUGUGAUUAUUGGUGGCCAUGUCGUUCGGGAGAUCAUUAACAUGAGAGCUCCCGACAAGGAGGGCCGUCGGAAGGUGCUAGAGAAGCUCACCAGCCAAGAUAAAGCCACCGAGGCCAUCAAUGGCCAUACACGGACGACCAGUUCUUCUACACAGGACUCAUGGCUCGAUCCUUCAAAUCCAGGGAGUCGGCCCAGCUCUUCUGGUGGAGAUGGAUUUGUUCUAAGCAGGGAUGUAGACUUCCUUGAGCUUGCUGGUAAGACUGAUGGCUACAUGCCAGGGGAUCUCGUGCUCUUGGUUGCCCGUACUCGCAACGAAGCCCUCAUCCGCUCUGUUCAAGAUUUGUCCACCGACUCUAAGAUGAUUACUCUUGGGCUCGAAGAUUUCGAAAGUGCGUUGAAGGGCCAUUGGUGGCUUAUUUGA